CUGACAAGUGACAGCUCCUUUGACGUAAACAUUACCACAUUGGUUGGUGGUCCAUAUUUGUCUGUUCUUAGUUAUUUUCUUAUUUAAGUGCGUUUUUUUUUUGUGACUCGAAGUCCCUUUAUCGAUGAAUUAGAGUUUAUCGGGAAUUACGGUCGCUUUAGCAGCUGAUUAAUCCGUCAAAAAAGAAUAACUUGGCCUUAUGCCAGCGUGGGCUCUUGUCUCACGGUGGUCCAGAAGCAUAUUAAGGUAGCAAAAGAUAUAAGGAAGCCUAGCGUGAACCAAUGGUUUCAACCUUCAUCGGAAACCGUUGGCGUGAAUAUAAAAUCUUCCGAGUGAUUUCAAUGCAAGCGUACGUGUUUCUGUCAUAAAUCGAACUUCGCUUGACCGUAUGUUGUGGUGUGAGGAUGCUCUCUGGGCUACUGCUCCACCUCACCACAUUCCUUACAUCCUUAGGGCUAGGAGAAUGGUUUGGUGCAGGUGCCGGAGCGGACGUGGCCAGAGGUCGCUCUUCGCCGUCCAACCCAGACGCCCAGGUGGUCCACCUCUCCAACGAAAUAGACUCCUGGAUCUCGCUACCCGAGCCAUCUCUCAGCAACAUGCCCUUUCACCUUCAUCAGGUCCUGAGUGCACUCAAUGGCAGCGAAUACGAGAGUGACACGGGAACAGACGGCACAGAUCGCAUCUUCCGUCCGUCCGACACCUACUGCGGUUCCUGUAAGAUUCUUUCCAAGAUGGUGACCGGGUACUCGCGUCUGGGUGGCCCCAUAGAUAUCAUGGCCACCUUCCUCAUUAAAAUUUGCUACAUCGUUUAUUAUCAGUCGAUGCCAGUGUGUCGAGGAAUCAUCAAUCAAGAUAAAGACAGACUUGAGUGGAUUUUGAAGAACUCCAACACAGAAGCGGAUGAGGUUUGUGCCCUCGUGCUCGGAGAUCAGGGUUGUGGUGUAUUUCAAAGAGCACCUUGGAGCGUGAACAUCCCUCCCCCCGACCCUAAGACUUACUAUGGCGCGCCAGGGUCACCAGCGGCUAAUAACGGUCGCAACUUGGAUACACUUCAAAAGAGACAAAUUGGAGCUGGAAUAGCAUCAGGACUUCUCGUCCAGCAGGCAUCCCAACAGCAGCAGCAGCAGCAGCAGCGUGUGCUUCUUCAGCAGGCCAGUCAACAGCAGCCUCAGAGCAAAAGCCACAACCAACAGCCAAUUCUUACAGAAGCAUCUGCCAACAUCAACGAAAAAGUUGGCUUAGUCAGCGAGGGCAAACACGUCCUCAAAGUCCUGCAUCUGACUGAUCCCCACUUUGAUCCAGAAUACCAGGUUGGGUCUAAUGCAGUCUGCGAGGCGCCCAUGUGUUGUAACGCUGAUAGUGGUGUCCCAAAACGUCCUGCCGAUGCAGCGGGUAAAUGGGGAGAUUACCGUAACUGCGACUCUCCACGCUGGCUGCUUCAACAUAUGCUUCACCACAUUGUUACCAAUCAUCCUGAUAUAGAUUAUGUGCUAUGUACAGGAGAUCUUGUUCCGCAUCACAUUUGGAAAAUCACCGAGCAGGACAAUAUUGCCGUCAUGAAAGAAAUGACAGACAUGUUUCUGGAGUACUUCCCAAAUAUUCCAAUCUACAGUUCGAUUGGGAAUCACGAAAGUUUCCCGAGAGACAGUUUCCCCCCACCUGAGGUUCCAGAAGUGUGGCAAAAAUUUGGAGUUCAGUGGUUGUAUGAUUCUGUGACUGAGCAGUGGGGAAAAUUGAUGAGAGAACCAGCACCCAACUCAGCAAGGUUUGGUGGAUACUAUUCAGUGGUGGUGAAACCUGGUCUUCGCAUAAUUUCACUGAAUACCAAUUACUGCUACAGACUGAACUGGUGGCUGCUCUAUAAGUCUAUAGAUCCUGGGCUGGUACUGCGAUGGUUAGUUACAGAGCUUCAGAAGGCAGAAGGCCGAGGGGAACUUGUGCAUAUUAUUGGUCACAUCCCUCCAUAUUACUCAGAUUGUUAUGCCCAGUGGGCUCACCAGUUCUCCAGAAUAGUGUCCAGGUACAGCCACAUAAUCCGCGGACAGUUUUAUGGACACUCGCACAUGGACGAGUUUCGUGUUCAUUACGACGUCCAUGCCCCCAAAAAGCCUAUUGGUGUGCAGUACAUAACCCCAAACAAUGGGCCCUUUCAAGGUUUGAAUCCAUCUUACAGGAUAUUUUAUGUAGAUGGUGAUCAUCCUGAGACAACAAGAAAUGUCCUAGACUACGAGACUUGGGUCAUGAACUUGACCCAUGCAAAUAAAUUCGAUGCUCCGCACUGGUACCAGCUUUACACAGCUAGACGUGAUCUCCAGCUACCUUCGCUCGACCCCAAAAAUUGGGAUGAAUUAGUACAAAGAAUGGCAAAGAAUCCAAGUCUCUUUGCAAAAUAUUACAGAUAUCAAGUGCAAGACAGUGACGUUGCAUUAGAGCGUGGUUGUGACGCAAGAUGUCGUAAGAAGACGCUUUGCAGCAUAGUAGAAGGAGAUACGAUGAUGCCACCAAAAUGUAGCCGAAGAGGAUGAACAUUCUAAUUUAGAUGUGUUUGUGACGGAAUGGAAGGAAGUGCAUGAAGCAGGUGGAAAUACUGUGCCAUAAGACAACCUAUUUACACACAAGAUACCAGGGCUUAUUUUGUGCAUUGCAUACUUGUGUGCAUUGUAUAUUGCAAUGGUCUUCAGAAACCAAGAAUAUCUCCCUCCAGAACAUUUUUUUUUUUCUUUAAAGAAAUGUUUUACUGAACCUCCAUACACUUGAGCACUGUGUUCUCAUCGUUGGUCAGUCGCCAAGAUAGUGACAGUUACUAAGAGCUUAUAGGAGUUACUUCUAGUCUGUUAAAAGAUUCCUUUGCGAACCCUCAAGUCUUUCAGGUUCAUGAAAUUAUAUUUUUGUAUUUUUGUUAACAAAUUGCAACAUUCCUCAAAAGGCUGUUGUGGGAUUAGAAACACUUCUCCCCAGAGACGAGUCAUCUCCCGUUUCCAUUUCAUGGCUGUGUUUGUCAAACAUUGUGGCCACACUUGAAGUAUGUAAAGCUCUUUGGAUACUAUUUUUGUGCAGCAUCACAAACACUAGGCUUGUUUGUUUUGGUCGUCUGACCACUUGUAAAUAGAUCACAUGGUAUUUGCAUUAUUCAUUAAACUGUUCACUUAUGUAAAUCAGGUUAGUGUCCAGAAUAGUGUAAAAUCAUCCACUACUCAUUUUAUAUUUCCAUUUUUUAUAAUGAGCAUUAUGUAUUACUGGCAAUUUGAUUUCCAGGUACAGUAGGUGCAUAUUUUACUGAAACAUGAAAGUGAAAGAUAUCCUAGUGGACUUGCAUAUAACGGGCUCAACCUUAUGAUCGAGAAGUCAGUGAAAUUCCUUUCCAGGAACACUAUUAACCCAUGCCAGGAUAAAUAUAAUGAAACUUACCUUGAUUACAGUAGCAUCCCCUAAAACUCGUUAGUAUGCACUUGGUACUAGAUUUGAGAGGCAAAUAAUUACUUAAAUUGCCAUAUCAGUGAUCAUUUAGUUUGUUAUGAAGAUAUUUCAUAUGUUAUUAUAUUCACAAUAUUAAGGUUCACUUGUCAUUCAUUGUUAUUUCCGUAUAUUUACACUAAUAGAUCACUACUGGGCAAGUUUUCCCCCUAAACUUGUCAAUACUUCAUAUUGAAAUUUAAUUUAAUCUUCAAAAGAAGUUGUCAUUCCUUAAGUUAAAAUGAUUACUCAUUACAAGUACAUGUAGAAAACAAAUCUCCUUUGACAAAAAGAACCACAGGUGCUCGUCAAUGCAUAGUACAUGCCAGUAAAUUACUUCAGUGCUUCUUAUAGAAGAUAUGAAAGUUCCAGCUUGGCAUCCAUGCAGGAAUAAUGCUCUUAUUACUUAGGUAAGGUUGUGAAACUUAGCAGUACGUACAUAUCACGUCUUAGUUAUAGAAGCAAUCUCCUUUGGUUAAUUAUUUUACAUGUGAAACCUCAUUUAUUUACUACGCUUUUACUCAGAUUUAGUUAAAACCUGAUUUAGGUUAUACUUCCUAACUUUUGUCAAUUAUGAUCUCGAUCACGUGAGAACUAUGAAUUUCAUUGUUGCCUCAUUUCCUAUCACGUUUAUGGAUGCCUUCAAGAUUGGCACAACAUCAUUGCAGACUGCAAUUAACUUAGAAAUUAUCUAGGGUAACUAGUAUGUUUAUAGGAGUUUUUUUGAAAUGUUUUUUAAAGUUAUUUGGGUUAGUCUUUUUGGUCUGCAAACGGUAUACAUACAGUAUAUUGGCAUGCAAGUUUGUUAAAUGCUGCCAGAUAUGUGUGAUUUCACCCUCCUUUAGAAUUGUCAGAGGACAUUCUGAAUUACAUAACCUGAGGAAAUUAGAAUUUUGUACAGAAGAUGGUGUGAAGAAAGCAAUAGGUUUAUUUUAUUAGUCCAAAGAUAGGAAGAACAAUAUACUGUUUAAUAUUUUGUUACCCAAUAGCUAGAGGGUUAAUGUUUGUGUCAUGUAGAGGGCUGUUUUGUGUUUGUUUUUCAUCAUUUAAUGUUUCAUGUAAGUUGUGUUUGAGAGUUUUUACUACUUUUUAUGUAGGUAUGCAAAUGUACAAAUGUACAGUUUGUAAAAAGUAUUUAUUGAAUUUAUACUGUAAAGUUGAAAUUUGUAAAUAAAUAUUACAAUGAGUA